AUAGCGGCUGGCACUAAAGGGUAGGAUCUACAUUACUGGCUGCCUGGAUGCUGUUUGGGACUGGUUCAGAAACCAUCUUAUCGUUGUGGCCGCAGUUGCUGUAGCUUUUGCCUUCCCCGAGGUAAGUCAUUUCAGACGAGAACGACAACAUCAGUUCUGGUCUAAAAUAGAGUAGGAAAGCUCAUUUUUGGUCUGUAGAACAGGUUCAUUUGUCUUCCGUUGUAAAAUCCCACUGCGAUGGUCACACCCUAACCUCCACCCCCUCCCCUCUCGGGGCCAGAAAAAUCCGGCGUGUUACCUCUGCGGUGAUCAUACCCUAUUAAACCCCUCCCCUCUCCCCCAUCCUUGCGAUGAUCUCACCAUAACCCCUCCCCCUUAAAGCAAGAAACAUUCCGAAGAGCAAAAUCCCGCUGUGAUGAUCACACCUCCCCCGUUCACCUCCCACUGUUAUCUCAACAGCUAGUCGUGCUAUCAUCAAGGGAAGUAUUCAGUAUUGUUGCACAGGCAGGCGCAGAAGGUUUAGUGCGAGCUAACUAGUUCACUGUUGUCUGAGUCCUGGAAAGCUUCGACUCGACAGACUGAAAAGGGACUGCUAGCAGUCUAUAUUUUGAAGUAUUUUAGGCCUAGACCAAAUGUCGAACUUUUCAUAAGACGAACCAAACCUAUUGAGUUAAGUUCAUGAAAAGUUCGACGUCUGGCUCCGUUAAGUUCAGACGGAUAGAACGUCUGAAGAUCGUCUCCAUAGAAAACGUCGAUCUUCACUUGCGGUGAACUAAACUAAUAGAUUAAAGAUUUGUAUGAUAAUGUAUAUUUGGGUACGUUCGCGAGACAAUUUACUUAAAAUUGCUUUUUUGUCUGAUUCAGUUGAUUGGUUCGACGCGUCCUAAGUUCGACAUCAAGUUAGAGUUUGGUUCGUCUCAUGAAAAUAGCGUAGGCCCUACAGUUAUUAUUUUGAUAAUCAACCCUUUUCUUCUACUCCUCAUGCACAGGUUGCUGGAAUUGUCAUGACUCAUUUGUUCAUAAAUCAGAUUAAGGAACAGAUUGAACUGUGGAAAAGACCGCCCACUUACAAAUACCGACCAAGUCAGGAUGUGAAUGGACGAAGUGGCCCCUUUCUUUAG